UAUAGCUGAAUAAAAAGAGAGAGAGAAGACGUAGAAGAAGAAGAAGCAGACCCGAAAGUACCUGCACUAGUUCAGAUUUGCAGUCCACCUUUGAUAUCAAUAAAAAGGAAAGAAAAAAAAACGAGUGAAAAUUUCAGACAUAGAUACAAGUCUCUGUCUUUCUUUUUUUUUCUUCCAGUCUCUCGAGAGAAAACAAAAGAAGAAAAAGACAGAAGAGAGAGAAAAGCUGCAAUAUUUUUUUUUUUAAAUUAGAAGUGCUAUCGUUCUUGAUCUACAUUGCCGACAAACUCUAGGUGGGGGGAAGAAUCAAGCUUCUUAGUUAGUUUGGGGUUGGGUCAUGUUAUCAACAGAAUCUGGGUUUUGAUUCAAAACAUGAAGCACUAAUCUCUGAUCCUCUGACACGCUAAGAGUGUUGAAAGAUAAGAUGCCUCGAGGUAGAACAAGAUCAAAGCUGCGACUAAGCAGUCUUUACACAUUCGGAUGCCUCACACCGACGAGCACGCUCGAAGGUGAAGAGGAGAAUCAAGGUCCAGGGUUCACCCGUACAGUAUUCUGCAACCAGCCCCACAUGCACAAGAAGAAGAAGCCUCUGAGAUACUGUUCCAACUACGUCUCCACCACACGUUACAACCUCAUAACCUUUUUCCCCAAGUCUCUCUACGAGCAGUUCCACCGCGCCGCCAAUCUCUACUUCCUCGUAGCCGCCAUCCUCUCCGUCUUCCCUCUCUCCCCGUUCAACAAAUGGAGCAUGAUCGCCCCCUUGGUCUUCGUCGUCGGCCUCAGCAUGAUGAAAGAGGCUCUCGAGGAUUGGCGCAGGUUCAUGCAGGACGUCAAGAUCAACGCCAGGAAGACGUCCGUUCACAAAGGUGGCGGCGUGUUUCGUCAGAAAAAGUGGAAGAGUGUUGGAGUCGGAGACGUCGUGAGAGUGGAGAAGGACGAGUUCUUCCCCGCCGAUCUGCUUCUCCUCUCCUCCAGCUACGAGGAUGGGAUCUGCUACGUCGAGACUAUGAACUUAGACGGCGAGACGAAUUUAAAAGUGAAGAGAUCUCUUGAAGCGACGAUGACGUUAGAGUCUUUCAACAACUUCACUGCCACGAUAAGAUGCGAGGAUCCAAACCCGAGUCUCUACACCUUCGUUGGGAAUCUUGACUAUCAUGGCCAAACGUUUCCUUUAGAUCCGAGUCAGAUUCUUUUACGAGACUCCAAGCUUAGAAACACAUCUUACGUCUACGGAGUUGUUAUCUUCACGGGACACGACACUAAAGUGAUGCAGAACUCAACCAAGUCUCCUUCCAAGAGAAGCAGGAUCGAGAGGACGAUGGACUACAUCAUCUACACGCUUCUGGUACUACUCAUCUUGAUCUCUUGCAUCAGCUCCUCAGGCUUCGCCUGGGAGACGGAGUUCCACAUGCCGAAGAUGUGGUACUUAAGACCAGACGCUCCCGAGGAUCUAACCAACCCUAUAAGUCCGGUUUACGCCGGUGUGGUCCAUCUCAUCACGGCUCUCUUGCUUUACGGAUACUUGAUACCGAUCUCUCUUUACGUCUCCAUAGAGGUUGUCAAAGUCUGGCAGGCGAGUUUUAUUAAUCAAGACUUGCGUAUGUACGAUGAUGAGAGUGGUGUACCCGCGCUCGCGCGGACGUCGAAUCUCAACGAGGAGCUUGGUCAGGUUCAUACCGUGCUUUCGGAUAAGACCGGGACGUUGACUUGUAACCAGAUGGAUUUCUUGAAAUGUUCUAUCGCUGGUGUUUCUUACGGUGUGCGGUCAAGCGAAGUGGAGCUCGCUGCUGCGAAGCAGAUGGCUGUGGAUCUCGAAGAGCAUGGAGAGAUAGCAAGUAGUACUCCUCAGUCUCAGACUAAAGUGUAUGGUACGUGGGACAGUAGCCGCACGCAUGAGAUAGAGACUGAAAGUGGUGGAGAUGGUGGUAACUAUAACAAUCCUAGAGUUCCUAUCAAAGGGUUUGGUUUUGAGGAUAACAGGCUGAUGAAUGGGAACUGGUUAAGAGAGUCACAACCAGAUGAUAUAUUGAAGUUCUUUCGCAUAUUAGCGGUUUGUCACACGGCGAUCCCUGAGCUGGACGAGGAGAGUGGUAAGUACACUUACGAAGCAGAGUCCCCUGACGAGGCUUCUUUUCUCGCUGCUGCUAGAGAGUUUGGUUUUGAGUUUUGCAAGAGAACUCAGUCAAGCGUGUUUGUCCGUGAGAGGUUUUCUUCUUCAGGGCAAGUCAUAGAAAGGGAGUAUAAAGUUCUGAAUCUGUUGGAGUUCACAAGCAAAAGAAAGAGAAUGUCUGUUAUUGUAAGGGAUGAGGAAGGACAGAUUCUUCUACUAUGCAAAGGAGCCGACAGCAUUAUCUUUGAUCGGUUGGCUAAGAAUGGGAAGACAUACUUGGGACCUACCACUAGACAUUUAACCGAGUAUGGAGAAGCUGGGCUUCGGACGCUUGCGCUUGCUUACAGAAAGCUUGAUGAAGAGGAAUACACAGAUUGGAACUCUGAGUUUCUCAAGGCCAAAACUUCAAUAGGUUCUGAUAGAGAUGAGCUGCUUGAGAAGGGUUCGGAUAUGAUUGAAAAAGAGCUUAUACUUGUAGGUGCUACUGCUGUGGAGGACAAGCUCCAGAAAGGGGUUCCUCAAUGCAUAGAUAAACUUGCUCAAGCUGGCCUCAAGCUAUGGGUUUUAACUGGAGACAAGAUGGAGACAGCAAUCAACAUUGGAUUUGCGUGUAGUUUACUUAGGCAAGGCAUGAGGCAGAUCUGCAUAACAUCAAUAAAUCCAGAUGGAGGAUCACAAGAUUCGAAAAGGGCUGUGAAAGAGAACAUAUUGAACCAGCUCACUAAAGCUGUACAAAUGGUGAAGCUAGAGAACGAUCCGCACGCUGCGUUUGCUUUGAUCAUCGACGGGAAGACUCUGACUUACGCAUUGGAGGACGAUAUGAAGUAUCAGUUCUUGGCCUUGGCAGUUGACUGUGCGUCAGUCAUCUGCUGCCGCGUGUCUCCCAAGCAAAAGGCUCUGGUGACGAGGUUGGUUAAAGAAGGAACCGGGAGAACCACGUUGGCGAUAGGUGACGGCGCAAACGAUGUUGGGAUGAUUCAAGAAGCUGAUAUCGGUGUAGGGAUCAGCGGCGUUGAAGGCAUGCAGGCUGUUAUGGCUAGUGACUUUUCCAUUGCGCAGUUUCGGUUCUUGGAACGAUUGCUCGUCGUCCAUGGACACUGGUGCUACAAAAGAAUAGCUCAAAUGAUAUGCUAUUUCUUCUACAAGAACAUAGCGUUUGGUCUCACUCUCUUCUACUUUGAGGCUUUCACCGGGUUUUCAGGACAAUCGGUGUACAACGACUACUACUUAUUGCUCUUCAACGUUGUCCUUACCUCAUUGCCAGUGAUUGCUCUUGGAGUCUUUGAACAGGAUGUUUCCUCAGAGAUCUGCUUACAAUUCCCUGCUUUAUACCAACAAGGCACAAAGAACCUCUUCUUUGAUUGGUCAAGAAUCCUCGGAUGGAUGUGCAACGGCGUCUACUCGUCUCUCGUCAUAUUCUUCCUCAACAUCGGAAUCAUUUACUCGCAAGCCUUCAGAGCAGGUGGCCAGACAGCUGACAUGGACGCUGUCGGCACGACAAUGUUCACUUGCAUCAUAUGGGCAGUCAACGUCCAGAUCGCGUUGACCAUGUCCCACUUCACUUGGAUCCAGCACGUUCUGAUAUGGGGAAGCAUCGGCUUCUGGUAUCUCUUCCUAGCACUCUACGGGAUGAUGCCUCCUAGCCUCUCCGGAAACAUCUACAGGAUCCUCGACGAGAUUCUUGCUCCCGCGCCUGUCUACUGGAUGGCUACCUUGCUGGUCACGGUAGCUGCGGUUCUUCCUUACGUCGCUCACAUUGCUUUCCAGAGGUUCUUGAAUCCGUUGGACCAUCACAUCAUACAGGAGAUCAAGUACUACAAGAGAGAUGUGGAGGACGCGAGGCUGUGGACGAGAGAGGGUACUAAAGCGAGAGAGAAGACCAAGAUUGGGUUCACGGCUAGAGUGGACGCAAAGAUCAGGCAUCUUAGGUCGAAACUGAACAAGAAACAGUCGAAUCUGUCGCAUUUUUCGGCUCAAGAUGCAAUGUCACCUAGAUCGUUGUAGCCCUGUAUAGUGUCCCAAUUCUCUGAUGCAUCAUUAGAGUUUUGGAGACAGGUCAAUUAGAGUGAGAUCAGUAUGUAAAGAGUAGUAGUUGCUGAUGGGUUUUUUUUCUUCUCUUUUUAUCUGUUGGCUUCAUUUUGUUUUUACAUGCUUUUGUUUCUUUUGUAUACUACUACUAUAUACUUAGGAUUUGUUUAUACUUGGGAGUUAGGACAGAAUGCAAAAACAUAACACAAAGCAUCUUCCUUUCGCCU